AUGUUCGGGUCUCUGACGCAUUUCUCUGUUUCCCUGCCUCCCUCAGAGCCACCGAAGAAUGUGCCACCACCUACACCCAUCCACUUUCCCCGCUGCCACCCACAGGUGACGGACGACGCCGCAUCCGUCUCCACAAGCACAACCACGGGUGAACGCUGCUGUAAACAACCCCUCACUCGACUGCUGCAGACUGUCGUCCGCCCCACUGAAGUCACCGCCGAGCAUUUCGAGGCCCUUGGUGUGCACGUCCGGCCCGAUGCCACUCUCGCCGACCUCAUCCCGGACCCGAGCGUGAUUCCGGACUUUGCCACUUGGGACAAGACCGAAUAUGAGGCUGCCCGCAGCCAGAAUGACCAGACCCGCCAUCCCAUCAGCAACGGCAACCGGUCUCCUGGCAUCCAGACAUACCUCGAUCGCAAGCGCGAGCUGUCCAUCGACAACAAUGCCGCCUAUCGCUCGGUGCGUCGCAUACAGCCCCAGCAGGGCCAGCAGCUCGUGCGUCUGGGCAAUGCCUACGAGUUCUUCCGCCAGCUCGAGAGCUUCACGACCUUCUGGGAAGACACCUCCAUCACGCCACCGCCACCACCAACCCCACGGCGACCAGCGGCCAACACAUCUGAUCCCUCCGGAGCUCCUUCGUCUCCGUCUAAAGCGGCCGAUACCGCUAGCAGCAAGACGAACGGCGGAGAGGAUGGCGAUGGCGAUGUCGACUCCGUCUCGUCCGCCUCAUCAGCAGCUGUAACUGACUCUGAGGGUAAGGCCCCCGAGAAAGACAGCGGACCGCCCGAGAUUCGCUUCUACCGGUCCAGCACAGGCUCGCAGAUGCCACCCGAACUUCGGCUCAAUAUCCUGUCGGCCUUUCUGAAGCUGAUUGCCUAUGACUUUGGCUGCAACGUGUCGCCGCCGCGCAUGGAGCCGAGGCUGUAUCUCAACGCCGGCAAUCUGCCGCUGCCUGAGGAGGGAAAGGAGCCUGUGCCCCCGUCAAAACGCAAGGGCCUGAGCUCUUACUUUACCUCAGGCUGCAUCUUCGUCUUCCGCAUGGCCACCACCCGUGAGGCCGCGCGUGCUGGCAUCGUCGAAGGGCCCAUGGCAGCCGUCAGUGCGCGGCACUCGACUUCGUUCCCUUCUGACGAGGACUUUGUAGAUGGAGUGCUCCCCUGGGGCGAGGACAAGGACGGUUGCAUUGACCUCGCUCGCGAGCUGGUCGCAGCGCUUCUGACGGCCCAGCAGCGAGCACGCCAUGGCCGGGCAGAGCGACGGCUGGGUGAGGGCGAGUGGUGGGCGACGAAGCGCCGGUGGGGAGGCGCCUCGGGUGGACCAAUCGGGCGAGAGGUCGAUGCAGCACCAAAUACGGACGAGGUCGUCGCAGACCGGGGAGAAGGAAGCGGGACCCUGAGCGGUGCAGCAGGGGCUUCGUCUCGAGGGUCAGGCGGGUCGUCAGGGUCGUCUUCGAGACUAGGCGGCGGUGGAUUCCGUGGACCCGGAGGAGCAUCUCCCGGAGGUAUUGCAGGACCGGCGUUGCCCAGCCGCAGCGCAGCCAAGAAGCCGCGCAAGGGCCUGGCGAUUUACGACAACUACCGCAUGGUGCGUCCGCCUAGCUCAAACUGGGACAAGAAGACCCGGUACGAGGCAAUCGGGCGGGCACGUGGCGCCGACUACGACGACGUGUUUGUGGUCAGCGCGCUGUUCCACCAUCUAGCCAUUGUGCGGGUGCGAGUGCCGUUGCGGCUAUUGGCCGUGCUGGACGGAGAGGAAAGCGAGGAUGAGCUGGGAAAGAGGAGCUGGGGCAAGCUGGAGGUGGUGCGUAGCCCGUGGUACGACUUUUUCAAGGCAGAGGACCGCGUGGCGGCGAUGCAGCUGACAUGGGCCAUGACGGCUUAUCUGAUGCGGAAACAGCCAGACGAGGAGGACGUCAAGAUGGGAGAGGCGACGGCGUGA